GAAAAAUGGAAAAAGUAAAAAAUAUAUUACUUUCUUAAGAUAAAUUUGGAACUAAUAUAGUAUUUUCAUUUAAAAAAAAUUCAUAACACAAUACUUUAUUUGGUGGAAUAUUCUCAAUAUUAAUAAACGCCACAUAUAUAUUCGUAACUUACUUUUUUGCUUAAGAACUUUGGGAUAAAAAAUAACCUAACACGGUAAUUUCUGAAGAAGUUAUUUUAUAACCAGAAAGAUUUAAUAUUACUAAAGAAUCAUAUACAAUUGCUUUUGGUAUCUAAGAUAGAGAUUGGAAUCAUUUUGUUGAUGAAAGUAUUUAUAAAAUAGAAGCAAUUUAAAAUACAAUGAUAAAAAAAAUAAAUCCGAAAACAGGUAUUUCCGAAUAAGAAUGGAAUUCAUACAGUUUAGAUGCUCGUAAAUGUACAGAUUAAGAUAAGAAUAAUUUUAAAGUUAGUGGGACAUAGGAAUAUUUUAAAAACUUAGCUGGAAUCGAAAAUAUGUAUUGUUUAAAUAUGGAUAAAUAUAUUUAUAUAGAAGGUGAUUUCUAAGCUGAUGCUUUUGCUACAUUAGAAUUUUCAAUAAAAAUUUGUAAUUAAAAUGAUACAUCUUAAAAAUGCUCUAGCUAAUAAAAAAUAGAUUAACUUUUAGAAUAUUCAGUUUUUGCGGCUUAUUUCACUGAUAAAAUUAUUAAUCCUACAAAUCUUUAUCAACCAUUUACAAAUAUUGCAAAGGACAUGUUUUGGCCAAUAUCUAACAAAAUAGGAAAAGAAAUAACUAUUUAUAUGAGAAACUAUUAUAUUGAAAGUGAUAUUGGAGUAAUAAGUUCAGAUGUAAUUGUUUAAUAAAAUGCUUUGUUUUAAUAUUAGACUGAAUAGACACUAUUUAAAGGAAAAUUAGAAGGCGAAUUUGUUCGUUUUGUUAUUAGAUUUGAAAAAGGAAAAUAGUCUCGAUAUUAUAGAAGUUAUAAGAAAAUUUAAGAUGUUUUAGCUAAUGUUUCUGGUGUUACUGAUCUACUAAUGGUAAUUGGAGCUAUUAUUUGCAUUCCUUUUAGUUAAUUAGAUUUAAAUAAAGAACUAGUGAAUGAAGUUUACUCUUUUGAGAAAACUAAUGAAGAACUACAAAAUGAAUAAUCAUAAUAAUAGUAAAUGGGAUAGAAAGGACAGGAAAGUCCAAAUAUUUAGGAAAUCGUGAGGAUGAUAACUACGUCAAAACAUAAGUAACAAAAUUCAAAUAAUGGGGUUGAAUUAAAUUAAGAUAAUGUUAAUUUUCCAUAGUCUCCUAAUAUAGAGAAGCUUAAAAAUGAAAGUAAGUAGCUUAAUCAAUCUAUGUUUUUGAAAAAAAAUUAAUCUGAAGAAAUUCUUUCUAAUAUUAUAAAAUCUUAUAAAAAAAAUGAAAAAAGAGAUUCUAAAAUAGAUAUUUAAAUUGAAAAAUUAUUCAAAGUAUUUUUAAAUAAAUAUUUUUUUUAUAUACAUUUAAAUUAAGUAAACAAAAGAUGA